CCUGGCGCGGGGCCCGCGGGCAGCCGUGGCGGCCGCCGGGGACCGCAAGGGGCGGCGCCGAGGCGGAACGGGCCGUCCGCGAGCCGCGCAGGAAGCGCCAAGCAUGCCCCGUGACAACAUGGCCUCCCUGAUCCAGCGCAUCGCCCGCCAGGCGUGCCUCACCUUCCGCGGCGGCUCCACCGGCUCCGAAGCUCCCGCGCCGGGCUUCCCCGAGAACCUGAGCCAGCUGAAGAGCCUGCUGACCCAGCUGCGCGCCGAGGACCUCAACAUCGCGCCCCGGAAGGCGCUGCCGCAGCCGCAGCCGCUGCCGCGCAACCUCCCGCCGGUCACCUACAUGCACAUCUACGAGACCGAGGGCUUCAGCCUGGGCGUGUUCCUGCUCAAGAGCGGUACGAGCAUCCCCUUGCACGACCACCCGGGCAUGCACGGUAUGCUCAAGGUGCUCUACGGUACGGUACGCAUCAGCUGCAUGGACAAGCUGGACGCGGGUGCAGGGCCGCGGGCGCCACCGCCUGAGCAGCAGUUCGAGCCGCCGCUGCAGCCCCGGGAGCGGGAGGCCGUGCGGCCGGGCGUGCUGCGCUCCCGGGCCGAGUACACCGAGGCCAGCGGGCCCUGCGUGCUCACGCCCCACCGGGACAACCUGCACCAGAUUGAUGCGGUGGACGGGCCAGCCGCCUUCCUGGACAUCCUGGCCCCACCCUACGACCCGGACGACGGCCGGGACUGCCACUAUUACCGUGUGCUGGAGCCCAUCAGGCCCAAGGAGGCCUCCAGUUCUGCCUGCGACCUGCCCCGUGAAGUGUGGCUCCUGGAGACCCCACAGGCCGAUGACUUCUGGUGCGAGGGAGAGCCCUAUCCAGGCCCCAAGGUUCUACCUUGAAGCGCCCGCUGCCGGGCAACUGUGGCCCAAAGAUGUGCCCUGCCUUGCUCAAGAAAGGCCUGGCUGCCUGCGACCUGCCAUUAAGGGCUCCUUCUCUCUGUCCCCUCUCCUGAGCGAUGGAUCUACUGGAGUGACCAGCGCCUCAUCUUGGGCAACCUGGGGGAGCACGGCCCACUGGAGUACAGCCACCGGGCACGGUUAUGGGGGCGGGUCGGGGGGAGGCUAGGUUGCUUCCUGGUACUGUCACUGCCACCAAGGUUUUGAUUUAAGGGAGUGGGGCAGGGGACCCUACAGCGCUUCCAUACUAAAGCCAUAAUGAAAAUAGCCUUGUUUCUCAUUCUCUACAAAAUACACUAAAUGGUUUUGAAGCUCUC